AUGGAACAAUCAGACCACGCACCAGUAGUAGCGCGCACAAGCUCCCCACUCUUCAAGCCCAUAGAAAGACAAUGGAAACUCAAUGAGACCCUCUUGGAUGACCCCGAGCUUACUAACAUGGCAGCACACAUAUUAACCCAACACUUCACGACGAAGGACACCCCAGACAUCACACCACUUACGCUAUGGGAGGCACACAAGUGUGUCAUUCGAGGGCAUCUCAUAGCCGUUAGCACCAAGUGCAAGAAAGAACAUAAUGCUCAUACGAUCCACCUGCUGAAACGAAUCGCCAAACUGGAAUAG